UCGUUUUCACAUCCCCAUCCUCGUAAUCAAAACGCAACCAACUCAACCACACACCUCUUCUCUAAUUAACUCCAUAUUUCAAUCCCAUGUUCACUCUAUCUCUCGACCUUCUUCUUCCCCGAGCUAGUUCUAGUAGUAUUGAUUUUGAUCAACCUGUUUGUUCAGAUAGUCUCUGUACGUAGAAGCCAUAGUUGGUACCUUUCUACGGCCUCUUCCUAACCAAGACUUGUCGUAGAAACACACAGAAAGAAUCCAACAUGAAAGAAGAGCAGAAACAGCACCAUAAAAGACUCGUGACCGUGGCCUUAAGACUAGUCAAACCCACGGCGUACUUUAUCCUCCUCUUGCUAACGUAUAUCCUGGGUUACCUAUCUUCCCCUUCCUCUUCAUCUUCCCCAAGGUCCCCUGUUCCCUCCUCCCCAACCCCCUCCAUCAAUGAACUCAUCAACUUACCCUCCCAGCUCGACCAGUUCCUAGUCACGGCUCACUGUGCUGACCCGCUCCCCUCCGAACUCGUCCGGCAAACCAUUCUUGACCGAGUCUACAACGGGACCUCUCCCUUCGACGGCUUCCCCCCAACGUACGUUAGGCCGCUUCUCCGCCACCAGAGAAUUCGAGGGUGGGGCUCCAAUGGCGCCGUUUUCGAGCACUUAAUCCAGAAGGUCAGGCCCCGGACCAUCAUCGAAGUGGGCACAUUUCUAGGCGCGUCGGCGAUACACAUGCACGGGUUGACUCGGAAACUCGGUCUCGACGCCCAGAUCCUUUGUCUCGACGAUUUCCGGGGCUGGCCCGGGUUCCGGGACCGGUUCAAGGACAUCAAAAUGAUAAACGGAGACGUUUCGCUGAUGUACCAGUUCAUGCAGAACCUGUUCUCCGUGAACGCGACCGACUCGGUUUUACCGGUACCGUUCUCGACCGGGUCUGCCCUAGACAAGCUUUGUGAGUUGGGUGUUUAUGGCGAUUUGAUCGAAGUGGAUGCAGGUCACGAUUUCAUAUCGGCGUGGUCCGAUAUUAAUCGGGCGUACCGGAUUUUAAGACCCGGUGGAGUAAUUUUCGGGCACGAUUAUUUUACUGCAGCCGAUAACAGAGGAGUUAGGAGGGCAGUGAAUUUAUUUGCCCGUAUUCACGGCCACAAAAUUAAAUUGGAUGGCCAACAUUGGGUCAUCGAUUCUACUUAAUUACCUUUGCACCCCUCAACUCGUGCUUCCAAUUCUUCUUAAGAAUGUCGGCAGCUUUAAGAGAUAUAGAUAGAUACAUACCUUGUAUUCGAUAGCAUAUCAUUUAUAUGACGUCCAUACUUUUUAAUUUUUGUCUGAA